AUGGGCAAAGGGUUGGAAGCCGCCGCCGCCGCCCGCUACGGACUGGGACUGGGAUACUUACUGCAGAUGGUCGCAUUGCCCGCCUUGGCGAUCCUGAGUGCCAGCAGCCCCGGCUCGGCUGCGCAAGAAAACUGCAGGGACUACUCUAGGCAGUUGGGGUCUGAAGAAUUUGCCAAGUUUGGAGACCUCUAUGAUGAUUUUUUUCACGAGCUCCCAGAAACGUUUCCUUCUGAUCCCCCAGAACCUCUUCCUCAUUUUCUCAUUGAGCCUGAAGAAGCUUACAUCGUCAAGAAUAAGCCUGUGAACCUUUACUGUAAAGCCAGCCCAGCCACUCAAAUCUACUUCAAAUGCAACAGUGAAUGGGUUCAUCAGAAGGACCAUAUUGUAGAUGAAAGGGUUGAUGAAACCUCUGGACUCAUUGUUCGAGAGGUGAGCAUUGAGAUUUCACGGCAACAAGUUGAAGAACUCUUUGGACCCGAAGAUUACUGGUGCCAGUGUGUAGCUUGGAGUUCUGCAGGCACAACCAAGAGUAGGAAGGCCUAUGUCCGUAUUGCAUAUUUACGGAAAACUUUUGAACAGGAACCAUUAGGAAAGGAAGUGUCUUUGGAGCAAGAAGUACUACUUCAGUGUCGCCCACCUGAAGGAAUCCCAGUGGCUGAGGUUGAGUGGCUGAAAAACGAAGAGGUGAUAGACCCUGUUGAAGACCGAAAUUUUUAUAUCACUAUUGAUCACAACCUGAUCAUAAAGCAGGCGCGUCUCUCUGAUACAGCCAAUUAUACUUGUGUUGCCAAAAAUAUUGUGGCAAAAAGAAAGAGCACCACUGCUGCUGUCAUUGUCUAUGUCAAUGGCGGAUGGUCAACUUGGACAGAGUGGUCAGUAUGUAACAGCCGUUGUGGAAAAGGCUCUCAGAAGCGUACAAGAACAUGUACCAAUCCAGCACCACUCAAUGGAGGGACCUUCUGUGAAGGCCAGAGUUCACAGAAAAUAGCUUGUACCACAUUAUGUCCAGUGGAUGGGAGGUGGACAGCAUGGAGUAAAUGGUCUACCUGUGGAACAGAAUGUACCCACUGGCGCAGGAGGGACUGCACCGCACCGGCACCCAAGAACGGCGGCAGAGACUGUGAGGGCCUUGUCUUGCAGUCCAAGAACUGCACAGAUGGGCUGUGUAUGCAGAGUUUCAUUUACCCUAUUUCAACUGAACAGAGAACCCAGAAUGAAUAUGGAUUUUCUUCUGCUCCUGAUUCGGAUGAUGUCGCUCUCUACGUUGGCAUUGUGAUAGCCGUGAUUGUGUGCUUGGCUAUUUCGGUAACUGUUGCAUUAUUCAUCUACCGGAAGAACCAUCGAGACUUCGAGUCAGAUAUUAUAGAUUCCUCGGCACUAAAUGGUGGAUUUCAGCCUGUAAAUAUAAAAGCUGCAAGACAAGAUCUCCUAGCUGUUCCUCCUGACCUUACUUCUGCAGCAGCUAUGUACAGAGGCCCAGUUUAUGCUUUGCAUGACGUCUCUGAUAAAAUUCCAAUGACCAAUUCUCCAAUCCUGGAUCCCCUGCCCAACUUGAAGAUCAAAGUUUACAACAAUUCAAGUGCAGUCACACCCCAGGAUGAGCUGUCGGAUUUUUCAACCAAACUCUCUCCACAGAUUACCCAAUCCCUACUGGAUAAUGAAGCAUUAAACAUUAAAAAUCAGAGCCUUGCACGGCAGACAGACCCAUCGUGCACUGCUUUUGGGACCUUCAACUCUCUUGGGGGUCAUCUGAUUGUACCCAACUCAGGAGUAAGUUUGCUGAUUCCUGCGGGGGCGAUUCCUCAGGGGAGAGUUUAUGAAAUGUAUGUGACGGUUCACCGAAAAGAGAACGUGAGGCCACCAGUAGAAGAUUGUCAAACCCUUUUGACCCCUGUAGUGAGCUGUGGGCCUCCAGGAGCAUUACUAACUCGGCCUGUCAUUUUAACAAUGCACCACUGUGCAGAACCAAACACCGAAGACUGGAAAAUUCAGUUGAAGAACCAAGCGGACCAGGGACAAUGGGAGGAUGUAGUAGCAGUUGGAGAAGAAAACUUCACUACUCCAUGUUAUAUCCAGUUGGAUCCAGAGGCAUGCCAUAUCCUCACAGAAACUCUUAGCACCUAUGCCUUAGUAGGGCAAUCAGUCACCAAAGCAGCCACAAAACGUCUGAAGUUGGCCAUAUUUGGGCCACUGAUCUGUUCAUCCUUGGAAUACAACAUCCGUGUCUACUGUCUGGAUGACACCCAAGAUGCCCUCAAAGAAGUGCUACAGUUGGAGAGGCAAAUGGGUGGACAAUUAUUGGAGGACCCAAAGGCUUUACAUUUUAAGAGUAGCACUCAUAAUCUUCGCUUAUCUAUUCAUGAUAUUACUCACUCCCUAUGGAAGAGUAAACUACUAGCAAAAUACCAGGAAAUUCCCUUUUACCAUAUCUGGAGUGGAUGUCAAAGAAAUUUGCGUUGUACCUUCACCCUGGAAAGGUUCAGCCUGAACACGCUGGAGUUGGUAUGCAAACUCUGUAUACGGCAGGUGGAAGGAGAAGGGCAGAUAUUCCAACUCAACUGUGUGGUGUCUGAGGAACCUACUGGCAUUGAAUAUCCUCUUAUGGAUCCAGCAAACACCAUUACAACCAUAGUAGGACCCUGUGCAUUCAGCAUCCCUCUUCCUAUCCGUCAGAAGCUUUGCAGUAGCCUAGAUGCUCCUCAAACAAGAGGCCAUGAUUGGAGGAUGUUGGCCCACAAACUAAAAUUGGACAGGUACCUCAAUUAUUUUGCUACAAAAUCAAGUCCCACCGGUGUGAUCUUAGACCUUUGGGAAGCCCAAAAUUUUCCCGAUGGAAAUUUGAGCAUGCUGGCCACCGUCCUUGAAGAGAUGGGAAGACAUGAGACAGUUGUUUCAUUGGUAGCAGAAGAAAAGUACUGA